AUGGUGGCGAGCGGGGCCGUGCGGCUGUUGCCGCUCCCGCGUCCUCUCCUCGGGCGGGCCGCCGGGGCGAGGGGUGCGUUGCCCGGUUGGGCGGCGGCGGCGGGGCGCGGCGGGUUCCGUACUCCGGGGCGCUGGGUCGCGGUGGCCUUGGCGGUGCCCGCAGGGGCCGGCUGGAAGGAGAGGCCGGGGCAGCGGGAGCCGGUGUGGGUGGGGGAACGCGGCCCGGAGCGGCCGCCCCAGGGGUUGCUGCGGCGCUUGGGGUUGGGGCUCCGGCUAGGGCUGCGGGCCUGCGGAUUGCUGCUGCGCUUCGGGCCCCUGCUGCUGCUCUACCCGCUGAGCCGCCUGUGGCCCGGCCUGGGCGCCCUGUGGCUGCGGCUGCUGCGGAGGGCGGCCGAGGCCGCUGGCCCCACCUGCAUUAAGCUGGGCCAAUGGGCCAGCACCCGCAGGGACCUCUUCUCUGAGGCCUUCUGCGACGAGUUCUCCAAGCUGCACGUCGAGGUGAGCCCGCACCCGUGGGCCCACACCGAUGAGCUCCUGAGGAAGGCCUUCGGUGAGGACUGGACGGGCAUCCUCAAGUUUCAAAGCCGGGAGCCUGUCGGCUCAGGCUGCGUCGCCCAGGUGUAUAAAGCCUAUGCGGACCUCACGGCUAUCCCUGGCUCCCAGGCCAAGGAGUUAGCACGACAGUCGGAGUUAAGGUCCGCUGUUGAAGCGUGGGAAGUGUCAGGCUUUAGAGGCCUCCUCAGGUGGCUGAGGAGGAAGAGGAGCAGCGAGGAGAUGCAGGACAAGAGGAGCAGGAAGGAGCUGAGCCUAGCUGACUGCUCUCAGGGAAGUCCUGUGAGUGAGGCAUCCCUUAUGCAGCAGAUGGCCAAACCACUCCUGAAUGCAAAUCCUUCACCAGCCAGACAUCUCACGCCUGUAGCCAUUAAAGUCCUGCACCCGGGGCUGGUCCACCAAGUCCAGAUGGAUCUGUUUCUUAUGAAGAUGGGUAGCCACAUUAUUGGACUUCUCCCUGGAUUCAAGUGGCUCAGUUUGACAGAGAUCGUGGAGGAGUUUGAGAAGCUUAUGAUUCAGCAGAUUGACUUACGCUACGAGGCCAGAAACCUGGAGCGCUUCCAACAAAAUUUCCUACAUGUCGAUUUUGUGAAGUUCCCAACUCCCCUUCGGCCUUUGGUAACGACAGAUGUUCUGGUGGAAACAUUUGAGGAGAGCGAGCCUAUUUCACACUACCUGCAUGCAGAGAUUGCCACAGAGCUGAGGCAGAGACUUGCCAAGAUGGGCAUGGACAUGCUCCUGAAGAUGGUCUUUGUCGACAACUUUGUCCACGCUGACCUGCACCCUGGGAACAUCCUGGUGCAAGGCACGGCCCACACGGGCAGGAGCUGUGAGGCGCAGACGGCCGUGCUGGACCUGUGCGACACGCUGGUGCUGGAGGUGCAGCCACCACUGGCGCCGGGGCAGCUCUGCUUGGUGCUGCUGGAUGCCGGGAUCGUGGCUGAGCUGCAGAGUGCCGACAUGCACAACUUCCGGGCUGUUUUCACGGCCGUGGUCCAGGGCCAGGGGGAGAGAGUGGCAGAACUGAUCCUUCAUCACGCUCGUGCCAACCAGUGCCAAGAUAUUGAGCGGUUCAAAGCUGAGAUGGCAGAGCUAGUGACCAAGGUCCGGGGCAACACCAUUGCCCUGGGAAAGCUACAGGUGGCACAUCUCCUCUCGAAUGUCUUUAAACUGUUGAUGACCCAUAAGGUGAAGCUCGAGAGCAAUUUCGCUUCAAUCAUCUUUGCCAUCAUGGUUCUGGAAGGUCUUGGUCGUUCACUGGACCCUGAACUGGACAUCCUAGAGGCAGCUAAACCACUGCUCAUCAAAACUGCAGCUUCUGUCCUCGUAUAGACUCUUGUAGCUUCUGCCCUCUCAUGGUGCAGGGUUACUCAAGCUGUUUGUGAGCUGACAGAGGAGGACGCUGGAGGCGAGACGUCACGUGUAUCUCGGGGAAAUGCCACGCAGUGGCUACUGUGUCAGUGUCGCCUUCAGUCAUUUCAGCCAAGCACUGGGCAUGGGAGGAUGAGAAGCUCUAUUCCAGAAAACACUGCACAGCUGGAGAGUUCUAACUCAUCACACAGUUUUAUGAGCUAACAUGCUCUGGUAGUUUUUAAACUGACAUAUCAUGUAGUUUAGGUGCACAAGAUCACUGCAGCCUGAUGAGAAGAGCAGUCUUACUUGUCUAAAAGUCUUUAAAAAGAUGUUCAUUGAUCAAGUCUGGUUUGGAAUGUAUCAGGUUAAAUAUUUAAAGUUAAUUUACUGAUUUAUCUGUCACUGUGGCUGUGGUAUGAGCAACAUACCACAACCUAAGCAAUUAAUUCAGGUUGGAAAAAAAACCCCCAAUAAACCUUUCUGUCUUUUGUACUUUUAACUUUUGCUUUUAUUGUAGAAGUGAGAUCCUGCAUGGAGUGGCCUGUUCUUAGAUAUUUUGGAUGAUAAAAACUGAUGAGUCAGUCUGAUUUUUCAAACUUCCCUACUCUAGCACAGUACUAUGGGAGUCCAGAUUAUAAACAGCAAAAUAAAUUUUUUGCCUAGGCAGAAAAGCUAAUUCCAUAAUAAAAGCAACUUUGGGGAAUAUUUGUACGGGCCUUAGGUUUUUUUGAACCUUAAAGUGUUGGGUUUUUCUUCUUCUCUAUGUGCUUCCUUCCUACUGCCCUCGCCCCUGCUCCUCUAGUCUCACCCCAACCAGCUCAAAACUAAUAUGCAAAUACUUCGGUUUUGUUCCCAGUAGUCUGUAAAACAAGGAGUCCAAGCAUUUUCCCAGUGGAUGGAAAACAUGUUGUGAAUGUUGAAAAUCAAACCCAGCAAAAGAGCUAGAUCAUACAUGGCUUUUAUAGUCAGUUAUUUUAAUAAUGGGAAAAGAAUUAUUAAUUUUAAUUAAUUUAUAAUUGUUUAUUUUAUGGCUGUAUUUUAAUAGUGAGAAAAACAGUCUAUGAAUAAUUGGAAAUACUGUAAUACUAAUAUAUAUCCCAGGUGUGCUGUAUGUGAAAUUGCAGCAGCACAGGGUAUCUGCAGAGGUCCGUUUGCAGAUAACUAAGCAACGAAGAGAAAGUAUAUUAGCAGGCAAUCUGCUGGUUUAUGAUGAUUAUAAAAUAAUGAUUAAUGAUAUGUAAAGGAAGUCUGAAAAAUAAGUUCAGAUCCUGCUCAAUAUCUUUCUGUACUUUCCUUUCAUUGUUACAUAUUCCAUUUCCAAAUGCUUAAGGAUGAAAGCAGCAGUGAAGUUUAUCUUUGAUGUUUUAGUCUAGUUAGACUUCACCUCAUAACUAGGUACACUGUUGUCAGAACUAGCAUGUGAUUUUGUAUAAAAGAGAACUCUAAAAAGAAGCAAAGCAAUCAACCCCCCAAACACUAAGUUAAGAAGAUCUCUGUGUGCUACCAACAGCACCUUUUCCUCAGUCGAGUGCGAGCCUCUCUGGGUUUACACCCAGCUGAGGGGCAAAGGGGCCAGGUGCAGCCCUCUGUGAGACAGUCAGGCAGACCCUGGCCACGCUUUUCCAGAGGCUAAACAGAGCUUCAACCAUGUAAUACAAUUCCAUGUGUAACACACCAAACUCUGCUUCACCUGUAGGUUUGUAUAUGCAGCCAGCUAGCAAUUUUUUGGACUUCAAUUUAAACAAAAUGUCAAAGCUUUCACCUUACAUAUAGGUUCAUCUUUCUUUCCUGUGCCCUCCCUUUUUUUUUAAAGAAAAAUCUUAGGUUGGUUCAUGCAUAUUAAAGAUCCUAAAGUUAAAAAUACCCUCUAACUAUCAGGACCUUACAAAGUAGUCUAAACAUUGAGAUGAGAGAUUUAACUGUAACUGUGUCUUUGAGGAAAGCUGAAGGCAUAGCCUCUCCAUUACCUCUGGAGCCUCGUUGCUGAGAAACCACUGGCCAAUCAAAAGAUUUGGCAGAAUUCCAAAGCAGCAACCUUUUCCAAUUUUUCUUUGUGUUGUAGAAACUGCUUUUAUCAGUGGUGCUACGUUCCUGUAAAAGGGGGAAUUUUUGUCAUACCUAUACUGUCUGGCUGAGUGCUGUGCCAGAAAAUGUGUAACAUGUUUUUAAGUGUACAUAGAGUGUCAG